UAUUCCCUCAUCAACUACUUCCCCUUCUCUGUUUAUUCUCUCAUCAACUAUAGUCAUCGCAUAUCUAUUUUUUCAAUCGCUUCCUUAUUCAAGCCUAGGGUUUUUGUUUGGGGACUCUUCUUCGUCUUUCUGGCUAUUGAUGGAAAUCUCUCAAAUAACAACUAUUGAAGACAUGAAUGAAAGUGUAGUAUCUUUAGAUGACAUUGUUGAAUUGGAGAAAGAGAGUGAUGAGUUAAGCGAAGAUGGUCAAUGUGAAAUUAUGAAUCAAGACAAAGAUAGUGAUCGUAUGCAAGACAAUUGCCAAGAAAUUAUGGGAGAUGAUAGUGAGUUUAAUGAGCCUCCUAUAUUGGGUAGAGUUUUUGAGACAGCUGAAGAAGCCUACGAUUUUUAUAAUGAUUUUGCAAAAGUUAAGGGGUUCGGAAUACGUAAGCGUUACUUUAACAAGAGUAGAAGAACACAACAACCAUGUUUGUGGAAUUAUGUGUGCUCAAAGCAAGGUGUCAAGAAUCUACAUGAUAAAAGAAUUGAUGUUAGCAAUGUCAAAAGGCGAAGGGAUACACGGACUGAUUGUUUGGCGAUGUUCCAAAUAAAGUUGGUGAACGAAUUAUGGAAAGUAGAGAAGUUCAAUGAUUCACAUAAUCAUCCAUUGAUUAACACUCCAUCAAAGUUGGCAGAAGAUGGUACGUUAAGAAGCGUCUUUUGGGCGGAUGGUAGGUCGAGAGCUUCCUAUGGUCAAUUUGGGGAAGUCCUUGUCUUUGAUGUGACUUACAAAACAAACAAGUUCAAGUUUCCUUUUUUCCCCUUUUGUUGGGGUUAAUCACCAUGGGCAAUCAAUUUUAUUUGCUGCUGCAUUGUUAGAGGAUGAAACAGAGGCAACCUUUACUUGGUUGUUUGAACAGUUUCAGAUAUGCAUGUUUGAUAAGUCUCUUGUUGCUAUUAUUACUGAUCAAGACAAAGCUAUGGGGAAAGCAAUUGCUAAGAUAUUUCCAAGAGCACGACAUCGUUUCUGUGCAUGGCAUAUCAAAAAGCAUGCUUUGGAGCAUAGUCAAGCAUUACGUGCACAAUUUAAAGAUAGUUUUGAUGUUGACUUUCGUGCAUGGUAUAAAAGUCGAAGCAUAGAUGAAUUUGAAGACAAAUAGGAAACAUUAAGAACUAAAUAUGAUAUUAAAGCAAGUAGUUGGUUGGCUAACAUGUAUGCUUCACGUAACCAUUGGGCAAAAGCAUACUUGAAAGAUAUUUUUUUUGCUGGAAUGACUACAAGAGGCCGAAGUGAGAGCAUCAAUGCAUUUUUUUAUGGAUAUGUCAACUCCAACACAAUGUUAAAUGACUUUGUUACCCAAUAUGAUAAAGCAAUCAAGUCUAGAAGAGAUGCAGAAGAAGAUGAAGAUUUUAAAACUAGAAAUACAAAAGCAAAUUUGGAGAGUAAUCAUCCAAUUGAAGCAAUAGCUGGAGAGCGCUACACAAGAAAAAUGUUUGAAAUUUUUAAAAAAGAGUGGAGGGCUGCCACACAAGAUUACUUUCAUGAAAAGAUGUCAACAGACGAGCAUAAUAUUAGGUACCGUGUGGGAUCUCCCAAAGUUAAUAAAGAGUUAUGGGCAAUUGUUGAUUACAAUUUCAUAGAAAGUUCCACUACUCAUUGUUCUUGUGCAAAGUUUGAGACUAUGGGGAUUUUAUGCAAACAUAUUUUGUACAUCUUCAAGAAGAAACAAAUGAUGACCCUUCCUGAAAAGUAUAUUUUAACUAGAUGGACCAUGAAUGCAAGCUAUAAGGCUGAAAAUCUUUUGUCUGUUCAUUCUGAAACAACUACUAGUGAAGUAAGUGAAUUGUCUUUGUUGUCAACUCAGUCGAAGUGCAAUUUGGCUAUUUCUGAAGCAAAAGAUUGUUUUCAUGAAAUUAGAAGAUUUGAUACUAUUGUUGAUGAAUUUAUUCAACAACAAUUAGAAAGAAAGAGAAAAAGAAUUGAUGAGGAAACCACAAGCUCAAUUGUACCUUCACAAAGUUGUUUCAUUCCUUCUCAAGAUUCACUUAAUUAUGUUCGAGACCCCACUCAAGCAGUCAAAACUAAGGGGCGUCCAAAAGUUGCUUCACGUAUAAAAUCAAGCAUUGAGUUAGCAGCCAAACAACAAAAGACUUGCAGUUAUUGUCGAGAGAAGGGUCAUAAUAAGACCAGUUGUAAGAAGAAAAUGAUGGAUGUUGCAAGAUAGAAGCAAAAGGAAUAAAAGUUUCAUUUGAAAGCUGCCCCUGAUGAAGAUGAAGCUUUGACAUGGCUGAAUUGUUUUAACAUAGUUGAAUUGUUUUGUGCAUAAGUUAAGCUGUAGAUAUCUUUUUUGAAUA